AAUGUCUCAACGCUUGGUGCACGACGCGGCAACGUCGCGUCUGCCGCGCCGCGCCCUUUCGACCGCGGCGUCAGUUGUCGCGACCACGCCGCGCGAUAGACAUGGCCUCCAAAUUCCAAAUGUCUGACAGUGAUACUUUGAGGUUAAUUAAAGAAAUGAAAAAGCAUGGUUGUGUUUGGAAUCCUGAUGAUGAUGACUACGGCGACAGACCCGCGCUCUCGGUGGCGUGGGCGAAGGCCGCGAAGACGCUGGACAUGCCAGAAGACAUCAUCCGCGUAAAAUGGAAGAACCUCCGCGAUUUCUUUAAGAAAGAAGUCAGAAAGAACAACAUUCAUUCCAGAGACGAUUACGGGGGGAGAUGGCGAUACUUCAAAAGCCUGAGCUACCUGCUACGACCAGAGGAAGAGGGAGAUGAACAAACAGAUGGUAGUGAGCAAGAAGAGAAAGAGAUAGAUUAUGAAACUAAAUACACCCCAGACUCAAAUCCCGAAGUGUAUUUAGAAGAAGACCCGCUUCCUGAGAAACGCUUCAAAACGGAUGAUGAAGACUAUGAUUUGAUGUUCUUGAAGUCGCUGACGCCAUUUUUGAGGCAACUUGAACCUACUAGGAAUUUGGCGGUCAGGAGCAGGCUGCAAGAUAUGUUGCUGAAUGAGAUAGCUGCGCAGAAUAAGAAUAGGAAUAAGUUAUAGCGAAGAAAACGUGCCAGCGCGGAUGGAGACAUGUGUAAAGUCAAACG